AAAUGUGUCUCUCUUGCAAAGCAAAUCUAUGAAAGAUUAAGGACAUUUCUAUUUUUGGCAAAACCAUCUUUUGAGCUGAGCUACUACGCCACCCAUUGGCUGCUCAGUUCAUUCAUCACCACCAGAAAGCAUCUCUUCUAGAAAUUUGGUCUCCCCCCUUUGCUUUCUGGUCGUCCCUUCUGGCCGAAUCUCGACUUUGGAGCUUUACCCACUUGGGUUUGUUAGGUUAGGUCGAAUUGAAACCUAUCAGUGGAAAAAGCUUCGCUUAGGUUCGGUUAGGGCACUCAAAUCUUAAAGGGUAAGUCUUCUUUGUUUACUGUAUCAUCAUCAUCAUCAUAGCUAUCAUCCGUGUUGCAGUAUUACUUUUUUUGACUGAUUGUUCGGAUUCCUGGGAUCAAUUUCUAGUUCCUGGAUUUGGAUCUUGGUUAUACGAAAGAAUGAGUUUUUGGACAGAUGAUUCAUUGAUGAGAUAUCGGCAACAUUUUCGGAAAGAAAUAUAGUUUUGUAAGUUUAUUUUUUUGAAUCAACUAGUCUUGGUAGAUGGAAUACCCGUUUUCCGACAUAGAUAAAGCAGCCAAGGGAUAUUGGAAUUCUUCAAAAGCUCACAAGGACGGAGAAUCAGCAGAUUCUGUUGGUACGAUGUAUGCGAUUCAGGAUGAUUCAUCUUUGAACAGUCGUCUGGAUUAUAUGAAUAUGAACAUCGAUUCGUAUGUUGGCUGGUGCAGUAGCCCCCCACCAAUGACUGACCAGUUGUUUGCUACUUUUGCAUCAUCAUCUUCACCGUCCCUUCUUCAGUCAUUGCCAACGGGUUAUCCUUCUGCCUUUGAUUCAUCAAGUUUUGGAGACUAUGAUGUUAUGAAUGAAUCUUAUGGCAAGUUUUGUAGUGAGGAAAAUAUGUUUCAGCAGAUGGAUUAUAGUUUGUUUCAUCAUCUUCCUACGGAUUCCACUCGCAGGGAUGAUGAUGAAGAUGAUUCCUUAUGCACUUUAGAUGUUAGUAAAAAUGUCUCAGAUACAGGAAAUUACAAUAGUAUUAUCCCUAGAUCACCUUCUAAGCCCCUUUCUGAAAAGAUGCUCAAUGCAUUGUCUUUGUUCAAAGAUUCAUCUGGAGUUGGGAUUUUAGCUCAAGUAUGGGUUCCUAUCAAGCAGGGAGAUCAACUUAUCUUAAGCACUUGCGAACAGCCUUACUUGCUCGAUCAGAUGCUUGCAGGCUAUCGUGAAGUGUCCAGGUUGUUUACUUUCUCAGUCGAAAUGAAACCUGGUUCUGUUCCUGGACUUCCUGGUCGUGUUUUUGCUUCGAGAGUUCCAGAGUGGACCUCAAACAUAGUACACUACAAUAAGGAGGAGUAUCUGCGGAUGGAACAUGCAGUUAAUCAUCACAUACGUGGUUCCAUAGCUGUCCCUGUUUUUGAAGACGAUGAUCUUGACAAUUCUUCAUGCUGUGCUGUUCUAGAACUUGUCACAAUGAAAGAGAAACCCGAUUUCGACCAGGAGAUGGAGAAUGUUUGCCGCGCUCUUCAGGCUGUGAAUCUGAAGAGCUCUUCACCUCCUCGGUUUCGUCCUCAGUUGCAGUGCUCGUCGAAGAAUCAAACGGCUGCUUUAUCCGAGAUAACCGAUGUAUUGCGGGCCAUAUGUCACGCUCAUAAGCUACCUCUCGCUCUAACGUGGAUUCCCUGCAGUUACUCCCAAGGAAUUGGCGAUGAAACUAUCCAGGUACAAAUUCGAGGGAGUAAUCGCGGUUCAAAUGGGAAAAGCAUCCUAUGUAUUGAGAAUACAGCUUGUUAUGUAAACGAUCGAGAGAUGCAAGGGUAUGUUCUCGCGUGCGAAGAACAUUAUCUGGAGGAAGGUCAGGGAGUGGCCGGAAAAGCUUUGCAGUCGAAUCAUCCCUUCUUUUUCCCUGAUGUGAGGAGUUAUGAUAUCAGUGAAUACCCGCUAGUUCAUCAUGCACGCAAGUUCGGCUUGAAUGCUGCGGUUGCAAUCAAGCUUAGAAGCACGUACACAGAUGAUGACGACUAUAUUCUUGAAUUAUUCCUUCCUGUUACUAUGAAAGGGAGCAACGAGCAACAACUUUUGUUGAACAGCCUCGCGGGAACCAUGCAAAGGAUCUGCAAGAGUUUGAGGACAGUUUCUGAGCCAACAGACGGAAAUUUAAGCUCUGUUACCAACAAUAUGACAAUCAACAUCCCCGGUUCAGAUGAUGUUCGCGAACAGGCGAGCGGAUCAAAGAGGCAGCAGAGUGAGAAGAAACGAAGUAGUGCAGAGAAGAAUGUCAGUUUAAGUGUUCUUCAGCAAUAUUUUUCUGGAAGCCUGAAGGAUGCUGCUAAAUGCAUUGGCGUUUGCCCAACUACACUGAAAAGGAUAUGCAGACAACAUGGAAUCUCAAGGUGGCCAUCCCGUAAGAUAAACAAGGUGAAUCGUUCGUUGAAGAAAAUCCAAACUGUUCUCGACUCAGUUCAAGGGGUUGAAGGUGGGUUGAAGUACGACCCCACUAGUGGGGCCCUCGUGGCUGCUGCCGGAUCCAUGCCUCCGAGCAAAGAUCUCGAAUCUCUAAGCCCCGUCUCUGCUGGUUUUACAUUGCCCAUUACUACUUGUGGUGACGAUGAAGAAGGGGUAAUAAAGGGCCGUAACCAACCCACUUCGUCUGGAAUGACAGAUUCGUCAGGUUCAACUGGCCAAGGGAGUUCGUCGAGUAGCGAAAGCUUUGGAGAAAGGCAAAACAAUAAAACCCAAACGGGCUCGGAGGAAGGUGGAUCAAAGGUUAGUGUUAAGGCUACUUACAAAGAAGAUACAAUAAGGUUCAAAUUUGAGGCUUCUGGUGGAUGUGAAAAGCUAUUCGAAGAAAUAUCUGGGAGAUUCAAAUUACAGUUGGGGACAUUUCAGGUCAAGUAUUUGGAUGACGAAGAUGAAUGGGUGAUGCUGGUAACCGACUCUGAUUUGCUGGAGUGUUUGGAGAUUCUCGAUUUUGUAGGGGUUCGGACUGUCAAGUUCCUUGUCCGCGAUAUUUCUAGCUCCACAGGGAGUUCUGGCAGUAGCAACUGCUUCUUGAUGGGUGGCUCGUGAUAUGAUAACUAUAGCUGCAUUUUGAAAGCAACAACCGCUGUUUUGAAAUGACGAACACGCCCCCUAUCGCGCAUUGCAGUUUGGGGGUGAGGGGGUGCUAGCAAGAAUCAAGAACAGGUCUGUAAAUGGGUGUUAGAGUUGGAAAUUAAUAAAUGAAAUGAAAUGAAUAGUAUAUAGUAUUUGUAGUGUGUCAUUGAGUUGGUAAAUUAUAGUUUCCCAAUCAAUGACCAGCCAGCCAUACUAGCUAAGCUAAGCUACUACCACUGCUUGUAUAUUCAUUAUUAUUGCUAUUGUGUAUUAUGUGAUAUUAGUAUUAAGCAUACUUGAGUCAUUCAGUGAAUAUUUGAUUGA